GUGGCGGCGCACGUCGAAGCCCGGCCGUGCCACAACAACCUCUCCACAAAGCUGCUGCUGAGCUGAACCUAGUGCGCCUCUAUCUUCCUCCCCAUUUAUCUAAUCUCCUCCUGUUCUUCCCAAACUCGAGCAAAAGAUUAAUCGAUCGCGACGGAGGAUUUACCGCGGUUUCUUUUUUCGCGCGGCCACCAGCGACGUGGAAAGCUCACCGGCGUGGCGCCAUGAUGACGAUGAUGGUGGCGCGCACCAGGUUAACUUAGUUCUAAUCCGUUCGGGAUCACUUCCGUCGGUUCAAUUAUUGAAAACUGCUGCCGCUGCUGCACUGGCGUGGCCAUUUCCAGCCUAGCUCAGCUGCGUCCAAUAGACGCCACUGCCUUUCCCCCUCCCGGACCGGAAAAGUAGCGCUCCUCCGCCGGAUUCGGUCCCGACGGCGGUCGCGGCGACGCCGGCCGGGAUCCGCGGCGGGGGAUCGGAUCCCGCGGGACACAUACAUGCCUCGAUGGACCAGCACGCCGACUCUUCCUCCUCCCCCUCCUCCUCCGAGCCGCGGCGGUCGGUGAAGCGGCGCCCGCCGGCCGGAUCGCCGGAGCUCUCGCCGCGGGCCGCGGGCGGGGAGGCGGCGGAGCUGAUCCGGCGGCUGGAGGAGCUGGAGUCCACGGCAGCGCGCCUGCGCGGGGAGAAGGAGGCGCUGGAGGACUCGGCGCGCGGCCUGCAGGGCGAGCUGGAGGCCGAGCGCGCCUCCGCCGAGACGGCCGCCAGCGAGGCCAUGCUCAUGAUCGAGCGCCUGCAGCGCGAGAAGGCCGCCGCGCAGAUGGAGGCGCGCCAGUUCAAGCGCUACGCCGAGGGCCGCGCCGACCACGAGCGCGAGGUGCAGGAGGAGAUCGCCUCGCUCUCCGACCUCGCCGCGUCAUACCACUCCCGCCUCCAGUCCCACGGGAUCGACCCCGACACCUUCUCCGACGAGGAGGACGAGGAGCUCUACGAGGAGCAGCGCGGCCAUCUGGAGCACACCGACCUGCUAAGCAGUGCCAUGGUCUCGCCAGAGGCAGAUGCAAACGGCGGCGACCUGUUAAGCAGUGCCAUGGAGGUGAAAGGCAUGGUCGAAGACGAGGAACACGACCAAUCUACUGCCCCCGUGGAGAAAGAGUUCGAGUACACGGUGGAUGUUAGGUGUGCCAGCCCAACAAUGGCCGCCGUGGCGGUGGUGGGGGAGUACACUAGGGACGACGAUGUAGCUGGCAAUGCCGAGGGUUUAUAUGCGAGGGUCGAGGCGCUGGAGGCGGACAGAGCGGCCAUGCGAAGAGAGAUGGCGGCGCUGCGGGCGGAGAGAGCGCAGCUGGUGAUGGCUAGGGAGAUGGCACGGCGGCUCUGCUGGGAGGUUGUUUCUGAGCAGAAAAGCGUUGCGAAGAAGGCGGUUGUCCCAGCAAGGAGCUUCUCGGCGUUAGGAAUUUGCAAGUGGGUGCUCUCAAUUAUCUUUCGGAGAAGAAGUUCUACCGUCAGGUAUACCUUUGGCUUGUCAACUACGUUCCUUGGCCUCCUGCUGCUCCUUGACAGAUCCACCAUGUUGAGUCCAUGGCGACGUCUUCCUAGGCCACAGCGAUGACCACGGCCUUCUCCAUCCCAUAUCCAAACACCUGUAAAUGCAGAACUUUGAGUGGAUUGUUAUCACUCUAUUUUGCGCAUGUAUUGCAUUCAUUGAUGAUCCAUUUCUUUUUGUUUGGUAUGGUGUAGUGUAUUUGAGAUGUAAGUUUUGGUUUUCAAGCUUCGAGCUUGUUGUAUAGUGUGUUAUUGAGACUACUAGGCUUGCAUAGCUGGUGUAAUCUGGAGUUAAACUGACAUACUCUGCAUAGUGCAUGUGACAGUGAGUUGUCGAAUCUGA